AUGAUUGUGGGCUGCAAGAACUUUUCCGCUUGCUGCAUGAAGGCCAGAUCAUCUCUUGCGAUUCCUGCUUCAAACAUCGGCUCCACCUUCACCUGGGAUUCCAUCUUCCAGGGUAUGAGACUGCUGGGUAACAUCAGGCCUAGAAUUAUGAGGGGCAGUCACUCAUUUGGCACAUCACACAGACAGCUAACCCUGAAUAUUUUAUUGGACCAUCAAGGACACGUUAAAAUCUGUGACUUCAGCCUGGUAAAGCAGAGCAUCUUUGAUGGCGACCUAACAACUGGCUGGGCCGGAAUCAUAGAAUACAUGUCGCCAGAGAUUCUAAAGAGAAAAGCAUACAAUGCAACAGUAGACUGGUGGUUGUUUGGCGUCACCAUCUGUGAAAUGGCCACUGGUAUGUCACCCUUCAACAACAGUGACACCAAGGAGCUUAUUAAUUCCAUCAAAUUCUGUGAUCCAGAGCUACUUGAUUGGCUGGAUGAAGAUCUAAAACAUCUUCUGGGACAGGUGAAUACAAGAGACCUCAACCGUUAUGACAGUUGGUGUGACAGCGUCAGAGAGAGAAGAAGCAGAAGAGAGAGCUCCAGUGGAUUUCAAGAGAAUAUGAAGAGAAUACAUUCUAAUUCCAUCGAUUCGGAUCCCCCACCUUCAAAGGAGAAGAAGAGAAGAGAAGACCAUGAAGAAGAGCAAGAAGAAAGCCAGAAAGAGAAGAUAGAGAGCAGUUUGGAGGAACAGCUAUCAGAGAAGGGCUGCAGGGAGGAGAGCAUACCCUCUGGUUUCAAAGAUUCUGACCCCCAGCCCUCAAAGGUGAAGAAAAGAAAAGAAGACCAUGAAGAAGAGGGAGAAGAAAACCAGAAGGAGAGGAGAGAGAGCAGUUUGGAGAAACAGCUGCCAGAGAAGGGCUGCAGGGAGGAGAGCAUACCCUCUGGUUUCAAAGAUUCAGACCCCCAGCCCUCAAAGGUGAAGAAAAGAAGAAAAGAACAUGAAGAAGAGGGAGAAGAAAACCAGAAGGAGAAGAGAGAGAGCAGCUUGGAGAAACAGCUGCCAGGUAAGGGCUGCAGGGAGGAAAGCAUACUUUCUGGUCUCAAAGAUUCAGAUCCGCAGUCCUCAAAGGUGAAGAAAAGUGAAGACCACGAAGAAGAGGAAGGAAAAAAACAGAAGAAGAAGAGAGAGAGGAGUGUAGAUGACCAUCUGCAAGUUGAGUGCUACAGGGAGAAGAAACGGAGAAGGCAGGAGACUGAUGAAGGAGAAGCUGGACCUGUGAGUGCAGAAGCUCAACCUUCAAGGCUGAACCCGCUCAGUAUCUCCAGUUACAACUUCUACUCUAAGUUGGGAGCAGGAGGAUAUGGCAAAGUAAUGCUGGCUUCGUUAGGAGACAGGAGGCCAUAUGUGGCUGUAAAAUCUGUCGGCAAACGAGAGCUCCCAGAUUACAGCAGCCUUCUCUCAGAGUCUCAAGUGCUGAACAUCGGCAGACACAGCCCAUUUCUUUGCCAAGGCUUUGCCGCUUUUCAAACCCAGUGGCAUGCCUUCUUUGUAAUGGAGUACCUGAGUGGGGGAAGCCUUGAGGAUGAGCUGAAGCGACACGGGACGCUGCCCAUAGAGAGAGUACGGUUCCAUUCUGCGGAGAUGAUUUGCGGCCUACAAUACCUGCACGGCCUCGGGAUUAUCCAUCGAGACAUCAAACCCAUGAAUGUUCUAUUGGACCAUCAAGGACACGUUAAAAUCUGUGACUUUGGCCUGGCAAAGCAAAGCAUCUUUGAUGGUGACCUAACAACUGGCCGGGCCGGAACCAUAGAAUACAUGGCGCCAGAGAUGCUGAACAGAAAAACAUACAAUGCAGCAGUAGACUGGUGGUCAUUUGGCAUCACCAUCUGCAAAAUAACCACUGGAAUGUCACCGUUUCACAACAGCGGGAACAUGGAUCAGCUCAUUAGUUCCAUCAAAAACCAUGAACCCAAUAUACCCGACUGGCUGGAUGAAGAUCUAAAACAUCUUCUGGGGCAGCUACUAGAAAAGAAUCGGAAGCAACGCCUUGGUGUUCGAGGAAACAUCAGAUGCCACCCAUUCUACAAAGCUAUCGAUUGGGUGGCGCUGGAAGAGGAAGGAUUGCAACCCCCUUACCAGCCGAGAACACCACCACCAGACCUAUUCCAGCCGUGUAAAGAGAAGCUGUCAUUCCUGGAGUACAAGGAGGAUGAAGGAACAUCAGGGGGCAGUGACACCAUUCCCGGCUUCUCAUUUCAAAGUUCCACCUGGCUGACGUAAGUAUGUGUAGGCGUUUAAUCCAGCCAAUAAAAACAAUUUACUAUUCCAUCAGCACAGGUUUUAUGGGACAAUGGGCAUGAUUGUGGGCUGCAAGAACUUUUCCGCUUGCUGCAUGAAGGCCAGAUCAUCUCUUGCGAUUCCUGCUUCAACCAUCGGCUCCACCUUCACCUGGGAUUCCAUCUUCCAGGGUAUGAGACUGUUGGGUAACAUCAGGCCUAGAAUUAUGAGGGGCAGUCACUCAUUUGGCACAUCACACGUAAGUAUAGGUGGGUAUCUUUAUGUGAGCGAAUGUGUGAGUGAACGUGAGAUAUGAAAGGAUAAGGGUGUAACAGAAGGAAAGCAGAGUCUAAGAUCACAGCCUGCUUUGUCUUCCUGCACAUCAUGUCUAUGGAACCAAUACCCUGUUAGUUAUUUAUACAGUUCUAAAGUUCUCAUAGUUGGGUAGAAAUCCAGAUCAAGGGUUUUUUUCCAUCUGAAGUAAGAUGGGUUUUUUUUUUUACCUUGUCCUGGAAGUUAGUUAUUUAUAUAGCUCUAUAGUACUCAUAGUUGUGUAGAAAUCCAGAUCAAGGGUUUUUUCCCAUCUGAAGUAAGAUGGGGUUUUUUACCUUGUCCUGGUAGUUUUGAUGUUAAAUGAGCAAAGGGUGGGACAUAGACACGUGCAGUUUAAGCCUCGUUUGUUGUCUUUGUUUGUCACGUUUGUCCUGUUGUGUGAGGCGUUACACCCGGCGUGCCGGUAACAAGGUUGAAGCCUUGACGUGGCGUUACUGCUCACAUGUAUAAACAUGUGCUAAUUCAACCAAUGCUGAGAGUGUGAGUGAUGUAUUGUUUCAUUGGCAGAAUUUGUUUUACUUGCUCAUAACCUCUUUAU